CCACACAAACAAUCACUCCUAGACUCACUUCUGUUGAAAAGACUAGGGAUUUCGGCUAUCCAAGUUCAUAUGAUAACCAGUUUAGGUAUGGCCAGUAUCCUGCCCGACAGAUAGGUCCUCCAAAUGCACAUGAACAACCAGGAAGUCUUUAUCCUGAACAACACAGGACAGUUUCCUAUAAUGUGUCACCUCCCAUGGCAUCUGUGGAUCUGACAGAGAAAUAUUACAAAGGUCCCUCGCCCACCAUUCCUUACUUCUGCACCAAAGACCCAAGUGAGUUUGCUCGAUUAAAAAUAGCCUUGGAAAAUCUUCUGCCACCUGAUAGUACUGAGAUGUUCAAAUAUCAAGUACUGGUUGACCACUUGAAAUUAGAAGAUGCUUGUCUAAUAGCAGACUCCUUCUUGCACUCCCCUACACCUUAUCGAGACACUAUGUUGGCCCUGAAUGAGCGGUUCGGUCAGCCUCACCAAGUAGCAUUAAGACGGAUUGCCACUAUUCUUGAUUCACCUGAUAUAAGCCGCAAUGACCCUUCAGCCUUUGAGAAGUUCUCUCUUCAAUUGCAGUCUCUAGUUGGGCUGCUUAAGACUUUAGGCCAGGCAGGGAGCGUGGAGUUGUAUUGUGGGUCGCAUGUUGCACGCCUUCUCAAUAAGUUGCCACCUGAAAGACGGCUGAUUUCCGCCGCCACAUGUUACAUCGGCCUGGGGUGACAUACUCAUUGGUAGAUCUGGCAGAAUGGCUGAAAUAUGAGUCUUGGUGCCAAAGCUAUGAUGAUCAAACUGCCAAGGGAGAAAGCAGAGCCAAACGAGAGUUCCGAGUAGCUCCACGAACACGCCAAACCACUGCCACAGUACUGACUGGGUCUGGAAAUAGUGUUGAUGUGAGAGCCACUGCAAAUUCUCCUGCCAAGGUUGAUGAGAAAGCUAAAGGUAGGCCCAUGGUAUAUUGCUCUUACUGUCAGAACUCUGAACAUGCUUUCAGUCAGUGCCCUCAAAUUCCAACCCUCACCAAAGAUCAACUCUCAGAGUGGAUACGAUCCAAUAGGAGAUGCUGGCAUUGUGGUCUUGCCCAUCAGGCUGCCCAUUGUGGUCUAAAGAAACCAUGUCCACUUUGUCAAAGGAAGCAUCUACGAAUCCUCCAUGAAGUAAAUGAGAGGCCUGUCACAGUGUCAUCCAAAACCGAGGCUUGCCUAGUUAGUUCAGCGACACAGACACUUUACCUGAACAAACCAGUCAGCAGUAAUAAAGUUUUGCUCAAGAUUGUCAGAGUACUCCUACAUCAUGGCAGUUGCACAUUAGACACAUUUGCAAUCCCUGAUGAUGGUUCUGAGCGUACCAUGCUUCUGCCAGAUGCAGUACGAAAACUUGGCUUGAGAGGUACUGAAGAAAGCUUAGCUCUGAGAACAAUCCGUCAUGAUGUGCAAACCCUUGAAGGGGCUUCAGUCUCAUUCCACAUUUCUCCAUACUACAAUCCAAAGAAGCGAUAUCUGAUAUCCAGAGCCUUUACUGCACCACAGCUUGAUCUCAUUGACCAUUCGUACCCAAUAGCUAAGCUGCAAAAGCAGUACAAACAUUUGGCUGGACUACCAUUGCAGAGCUUUGAAAAGGCCAAACCUCUCAUCCUUGUUGGCGCAGAUCAAACUCACAUGAUCACACCAAUUGAGCCGGUAAGACUUGGUCCACCUGGUGGCCCUGCUGCAAUAAGAACCAAACUAGGCUGGACACUGCAGGGCCCUACCAGCCUGUUAGAGCAGCGACUCAAGCCAAAGGAGUGUCUCCACAUAUCCCUUCCUCAUAGCACCACAGAAUUGUGCAAGAAUGUUAAUAGGCUGUGGCAAGUGGAUGUUUUGCCCUUUCGGAAUGAAACAGAGUGCACAAGGUCAAAGCAGGACCAAAGGGCCAUCGAACUGCUGGAAGCCAAAACAAUUCGCAUAAAGGUGGAUGGAAUACGCCGGUAUGCAACACCCUUGUUACGUAAAGGUGACAUGCCCCAUCUUCACGCCACUAUGGAAGCAGUCAUGCCACGCCUACGAAGUACUGAGAGGAAACUUGCCAGAGACCCGCAACAAAUUGAUGCCUAUUCCUCCGAAAUCCAGAAAUUGGUUCAGUCAGGAGCAAUCAGAAAGCUCAGUCCAGAAGAAAGAGAAGGAGGCUUUGAAUUGAGGCAAUGGGCCAGCAAUAUUCCAGCUGUCAUUAACCAUCUUCCACCUGAAGCAAGAUCGGAUGGGUUUGAACUCUGGCUAGCCCAUGAAAAGACUGAUGUCCAAGAGUCCACAUUGGGCCUUAGCUGGAAUUGCCCAGCAGAUGUUCUGACUUACCGUCACCGGCCCAUCGAUCAUGGGGCUCCAACCAUGAGGAUCAUUUAUAAAGUUUUAGCCAGUCAGUAUGACCCCUUAGGAUAUAUCCUCCCAUAUACUACGAGGGCUAAGGUACUGGUCCAACAACUUUGGAACAAACAGCACAGCUGGGAUGAUACUCAACUUCCCCAAGCCUUGGUUCAGAGCUGGAAUGAAUGGGAAAGUCAGCUGCAGUUUCUUCACAAAAUCAGUUUCCCAAGAUCAUGUGUACCAGCUUCAGUAGAUCAAACAAGAUCUAUUAUAGACCUUCACGUGUUCAGUGAUGCUUCAGAGAGCGCGUAUGGAGCAGUCGCCUACCUGCGCACUGAAGAUCAGCAGGGUAAGAUCCAUCUGUCAUUCGUAUUGGCACGUUCUAGAGUAGCACCUAAAAGAGUCCUGUCAAUACCCCGCUUGGAGCUCUGUGCUGCGGUAAGUGGUGCACAGCUAAAAACCCAGUUGCAGAAGGAAUUAACAUUGCCACUUCGCCACACAGUUCUCUGGACAGACUCUACUACAGUGCUGUCUUGGAUUCAGUCAGAGUCUUGCCAUUUCAAGGUUUUCGUUGGUACCAGAGUGGCUGAAAUCCAUGAGCUUACCAACACCACCGCUUGGCGAUACGUGGAUUCAGCUCAAAAUCCAGCGGAUGACCUUACAAGAGGAAAGACUCUAAAAGACCUUGCUAAGCCAAACAGAUGGAGCCAUGGGCCCCCAUUCCUGCUCCUUUCCUCAGAGAACUGGCCAGCAAACCCUACAGAGUGCCCCGAGAUUGACAAGUCUGAGUUCAAGAAAUCUGCAUUCUGUGGAGUUGUAGCUGUAAACGGACAAUUUGGCAGUGAGUACAAGACCUGGACAGAGCUGGUGAAGGCCAUUGCACAGGAGCUACAUGGGGCGGCUGGAGAGUCAGGAGAACCUACAGCAAACACUUACCAGACAGCAGAGACAUUCAUACUCCAGAAGGUGCAAAGUGAGCGUUUUCCUGAAGAAUUACAACGGUUGAGAUCAGGCAAACCUCUUCAACACAAUAGCCGCUUACUUUCCUUAACUCCAGAAUAUGACACAUCGACCAAUCUAAUCCGGGUUGGUGGUAGGUUACGACAUGCAGAAACCUUAGAUCCUGCCCUGAAACAUCCAAUCGUACUAGAUUCUAGACAUCCAGCCGUGAAAUUGCUUCUUCAAGAUUUUGAUAAAAGACUCUGCCAUCCAGGCCCUGAUCGGGUGUUUGCAGAAAUAAGGAGAAAAUACUGGGUGUUAAGAGGAAGAGCAGCCAUCCGCAUCUUACAGCAUGCCUGUACAGAAUGUCAAAGACUCAGAGCCAAACCUACCUUUCCCAAAAUGGCAGACCUUCCUGUGGCACGCUUACGCCUCUACAAACCAGCCUUCCAUUCCACCGGUAUGGAUUGCUUCGGCCCUUUCCUUGUAAAGAUUGGUCGACGAGUAGAAAAGAGGUGGGGAAUCCUCUACAAGUGUCUUACCACACAAGCCUUACACGUGGACCUGCUUAACAGCUUGGACACAGAUUCAUUUCUGAUGUCGCUACGUAGGUUUAUUGCUCGAAGAGGUUCCCCAGUAGAAUUACUGUCAGACCAAGGAACAAAUUUCCGAGGUGGUGAACGGGAACUGUGCGAGGCAUUCCAGGCCAUGUCACCUGAUCUCCAGCGAAAACUCGCACCACAAAAGAUAGCAUUCCAUUUCAAUCCCCCUGCAGCACCACACUUUGGGGGAGUGUGGGAAAGGGAGAUAAGAUCCAUUAAAAUGGCACUAUCUACAACUAUUGGGGACCAAACAGUACCAGAGGAAGUACUCGGGACUGUUCUGAUCGAAGUAGAGAACAUCCUUAACUCCAAACCCCUCGGGUAUGUGUCUUGUAAUGUGGCUGAUCCUGAUCCAGUAACACCCAACCUUCUUCUCACAGGGCGGCUAGACAACUCCCUACCUACUAGGGAUGGGCAUGAUUAAUCGACGAUCGAUAAUUGAUCGUUAAGAUUUUCCUCGAUCAUGUUAAUUUGU